AAGAAUUAAAUAGUUAUUUUUAAGUCAAGUAUGAACUAAAGGAGGAUGAUAACUAUAACGGUCUUGAAGCAUAUAAUAAAUGCACACAUUAGAGACCGAAUUGAAGCGUGUACAUUAGGGAUCACAAGACAAUGGUGAAUGGCUCUUUACUCUUCCACUAAGCCACUGGACGAUCCAUCACCUUCCACAUUUUUCCAUUUAUACCCACUAGAUUCCCCUGCCUCAAUCCAUGAAGCUCCCUGCCAAUUGCCUAAAAAACUACUUAAAAUAAAUUUAACUCCAUAUCCAUUAUUUUACCCUUACCUUUCUUCAACGAUCACAAGCAAGUUCUAUAUAAUAACUUCUUCCCCCCUUCCACUUCUCCUAAACCAACCAUGGAAUUCUCUCUCCAUUUCUUCUUCCUCUUUCUUCUUUCAUCUCUCUUCCUUCAGUUCUCUGAUUCAUGUCAUCCCACUGACAAACAAGCGCUUCUCCACUUCAAAGCCAAAAUCACUUUUGACCCUUCUCAGCUACUCCUUUCUUGGAAAUCCACCACUGACUGCUGCUCCUCCUGGGACGGCGUCGCCUGUGAUGCCUCCGGCAGAGUCACCAACCUCACCCGCCCUGGGAUUGUCUCCGGCACUGACUUCAUCGCUGAUACUUUUAUGUCUGGUUCUCUCUCCCCUUUUCUUGGAAACUUGUCGUCUCUUCAGUUUCUUGACCUUAGCAAUCUCAAAGACAUCAACGGUCGAAUUCCCUUGGAACUUGGCAAGUUAUCGCGACUCACCCAUUUGUUUCUCGAUUCAAAUAAACUCGUGGGUUCCAUUCCUAGAACUUUUGGGUGUCUUUUUCGAUUGGAAAAACUCUAUCUUGGCAAUAAUUUACUCUCUGGAAUCAUCCCUCCUUCAAUUUUUAACCAUUUCAAGUGUCUUGCAGAAUUGGGUCUUUCAGGAAAUAGACUAUCUGGGUCGAUUCCUAGUUCAAUUGGGAAGCUAAUUGAGGUAAAAAAUCUCGAUCUCCAUGCCAACAAAUUCUCAGGAAGCAUUCCUAUGAGUAUUGGUAACCUUAAAAGCCUCAAGUAUCUCGAUUUGUCUGAAAAUGAAAUAACAGGGAGCAUUCCAAAUACGAUUGGUGAACUCUCUGAGUUGGUUUUGCUUUACCUCAAUCAGAACAAGAUUACCGGAAGUAUUCCCACUUCGAUCGCCGGACUAGGUUCUCUUAUAUUCUGCCGCUUGUCGGAAAAUAGGCUUAGUGGUCGGUUACCGGCGUCCAUCGGUAAGCUUCAAAAGAUACAGAGACUGAUUCUUGAGAACAACAAGCUUACUGGGAAAUUGCCUUCUUCUAUUGGCCGCUUGACAACGUUAACUGAUUUGUUCUUCUCUAACAAUCUUUUUACUGGCAAGAUUCCCAAGACAUUUGGAAAUUUAGAAAACCUUCAAACUUUAGACUUGUCGAGAAAUUUUCUUUCUGGUGGGAUCCCUCAUCAGUUAUCCAAAUUGCAGAGACUACAGAGCCUGGAUCUUUCCUUUAAUCCUCUUGAGUUGCGAAGCGCACCAAAUUGGUUUGCAAAGAUGAAACUGUUUCGGCUAUUCUUAGCUAAAACAGGGAUUGAAGGGAAGCUUCCAAAAUGGUUGUCUUCAUCCUCAAUAUCGGUUCUUGAUUUAUCGAGUAAUCGAUUAACAGGGUCGUUGCCUCAUUGGAUUGGAAAUAUGACAAAUAUUUCAUUCCUCAACCUUUCAAAUAACGGAUUUCAUUCAUCAAUCCCAGCUGAAUUCAAAAACCUUUUGCUGUUAAUGGAUCUUGAUCUUCACUCCAACCACUUUACAGGGUGCCUUGACAACAUAAUUUUAAAAGGGGUUCAAGACCCGCUAGGCCAUUUCAAUUCCAUCGAUGUUUCUGGGAAUCACUUCAGUGGUUGUAUUGAUCAGAAUAUUGGAGACAGAGCAGCAAUGUCUUCAAUCAAAUCACUGGUUUUAUCAAACAAUGAAUUAGAAGGACAUAUCCCCAAGUCGUUGUCGAAACUCGUCGAGUUGCAGGUGCUGGAGCUGGCUGAUAACCAGUUUUCCGGUGAAAUUCCGGCAGAGCUGGGAGAGGCGGCGGAAUUAACCACGAUUUUGCUUUCGAAGAAUAGACUAUGUGGGACGAUUCCGAAAGAGGUAUUGAAUUUGAAGAAGCUUUGGAAAUUCGACGUGUCCGAAAAUAGACUUUGUGGGAAAAUUCCACCGCAUAAAGCACAUUUCCCUGUCUCUUCAUUCAAACAUAACCGUGGACUUUGCGGAACUCCUCUUCCCCCUUGCAACCAUUCUUAGUUUUUUUUUUUUUUUUUCCUUUAAAUUAUCUAAAUUGUUUGAUUCUUUUGUUGUUUAUUUAUUUUCAAAUCCCAUUCCUAUUGUAUUUUGAUCUGCUUGACAUCAAACUGUUUCUUCAAAUUUUC